GUAAUCAUUUUUAAUGGGUUCUGAGUUGUCCGAUGCGCGCAACCACUUCAAUCUGAAGCCACAAUGUAAACAAAGAAACUGCAUAAAACGCUGUCAUUGCUCGGUGGAAACGCGCGAAUCGCAGCCGAAGUGAAGGCACGAAGUCAUUUGUAAGUGAACGAAGAAUGUGUAUUGUAGAAUAGCAACAAAGUGGAUAAGACCUCAGCGCACCGAUGACGUUUUUGAAUUAACUACGUACCACAGCAAAAACGAAUAAAAAAAGAUCGACAACGACGACGACGACGGUCCACUUCGUUUAAAACAGUACAAAAUAAAAUUUAUAUCACAUCAUACACAGUUGAAUGUGUGUUCCGAGAUAAAAUGAAAAUUUAUAAAAAAAAAUUAUUUUAAUAUCCAUUCGUUUACCGUUUCUAAUAACAACAACAACAAAACAAUUUUGAAGGAAAAAAAAACUUGGUGCAUUUUUUCUGUUCAGCUGUAUUUGUAUUCGUGCAAACUGUUUUUUUUAUAUCAUUCCAAUCUACGUCGUCAUCGUGAGCUGAGUUGUGAAAGUAUAAAUUGAAUUUAGUGUGCGAUUUUUUUCUCUCUCUCUCUGUUGUUUCAUUCGCCAUUUAAUCGGAAAGAAUCUAAAUUUUUGAGAGCGUAAUAAAAGAAGAAGAAAAAAGCGAAAAAACAUGGUGGAAUCAACCGCAACUGACGGGGGCAAUGUCGACGAAACCAGUUUCAUUGGCAGCAUCGUUGCCGAAAUCAUUUACAGUCCACUCAAUUUGCUGUUAGUGUCUUUAAUUGCAUUUCUUAUUUACAAAAUCAUCAAAAGCCGUUCAGACACCGGACCACCAAGUGCACCGCCCGAGCCCGAAUUGCCCAAACUCCGAAAAGAUUUUACCGUACAAGAGCUCAAGCAAUUCGAUGGCAAUCAACCAGACGGCCGAGUUUUAGUUGCCGUUAAUGGUCACGUUUAUGAUGUGACCAAAGGUCGCAAAUUUUACGGUCCAGGUGGUCCCUAUGCUGCAUUCGGCGGCCGUGAUGCUUCACGUGGAUUGGCGACAUUUAACGUGACCAGCUCCGAUACAGAAGAAUAUGACGAUUUGAGUGAUUUGGACACCAUGGAAAUGGAAUCGGUUCGCGAAUGGGAAAUGCAGUUCAAAGAGAAAUACGAGUAUGUUGGACGUUUGUUGAGACCUGGAGAAGAGCCAAACAGCUAUUCAGAUGAGGAAGAAGAGCCCAGUGAAUCGGCCAAAUCAACCAAAACCGAAGACAUCACCACCAUAAAUUCCACAGAUGCUACCGUACCAGCAUCCGACAAACCGAAAGACGAAUGACUGAUACGAUUCGAACCAGUCGAUCAAACUAACAGCUCCAAUAACAGAACCAAAACACUCACAUCCGCUAAAGUAUCAUCGAACAGUAGUAGUUCUAAUAAAGUAAACAAUAAUGAAAUUAUUGGAGCAAAUGGCACAAAUGAUCAACGGCAAAAACAAUAAAAAAAAACCACACACAGAAAAAAAUAACAUUGUAUUGUGAUACGUUCGUUCUUUUUACGCAUUUUUUUGAUUUUUGUUCUCGUGUUUAAAAUGGACAUUUUUUUAUUUCUUUUGAAAAUCACGGAAAAUUGAAAGAGAUUUAAAAAAAAAAGAAGAAGAAAAGAGUGAAAAGUAAUGAAAAAAAUUGCGAUUGUGAGCUGAAUGUGUUAUAUGUUGUGGAGCAAAUGGAGGUAGCCAUACAGCUUUCCUUAUCAUAAGCUUUAUAUUCAAUUCCAGUAACUAUUCUUGAUAUUAUUGCUGUAAUUGUAGGGACUCAGAACCACUAAAAAUCAGUUUUUUUUUCUCAUAUUUGUUUGAUUUUUUCGGUCUUCAUAUUAUAAGAAAACACACACACACACACACAAGCCAAUUUGGUUAUAUACAAUUUACAAUGCAUUUUUCCAAUUGUAUUUUUUGAAUCGCCGUUCUUUUUAUAUUAAAGUAUAUUUAAAAUUUACAUACACGUGAAAGAAACACAUUUAGAAUUGAAAAUGGUAAUGUAAUUGUUACAAAAUAAAAUAUUCUUGAACAUA